GGAGAGGCUACAGACAGUGCGAGGUUGCGUGUUACGCCAACGAAGCACCCCUGGGCCACCAUCGUCGUCUACAACGGCCUUUCGACCGUGUCGGUGGCCACGUAACCGACCCUUUGGUACCCUCCUGCAGUUCGCUAGGACUAUAGUGGAGGAGCCGUUCGACUGAGGGAGGAACAGUACGCGCGCGCGCGGGUGUGGCGACUUUACAGAGCCGGCACUGUGUUACGUGGUGUGUACGACACUCCCGGAGUCCCGCUACACCCCGUGUUGGAUUAAUACCUAUAAAAGUCGAACACAUGGAUUAAGUGUGAGGGGGGUUCGGUUCGAUCGUCGAGUGUUUGUUGUGUUCGUCCCGUUUACGUCGGAGAAAAACACAAGGCAGGGAGCGAAAGCACUGCCAUGUUUCGGCGGUCGGUGCAGCCACUCGCUUCUGUCAACACAGUGAUUCGUUACCCAGCCUUUUAAAGCAAAGCCAGGUGAUCAAGGGGUGUGAUCACCCACAGACCAAUGGGCCUGAUCGGAUAUGGACGGGAACAGAAAACUCCGAAGAACCAGAUCUCAGCAGUCUUUAGGAGAUACAGUGUCGUCCUCUUCGUGUUGGAUUGAUAACAACCAAGAUGUCACGAGCACCAAAGUUGAGCAAAACACCGAAGCCGAUAGCAAACCGUCGACUACUUCCAAACCCGAUCAAAAUUUUGCUCCAGCCGAUUCUAACAGUACAACUCCAACUAAAUCGUUUGUUCCAUGUAAAGUUUGCGGGGAUAAAGCUUCCGGUUAUCAUUAUGGUGUGACUUCUUGUGAGGGCUGCAAGGGGUUCUUCCGGAGGAGCAUUCAAAAACAAAUAGAGUAUCGUUGUCUUCGUGAUGGAAGAUGUCUCGUAAUUAGGUUAAAUAGAAAUCGUUGUCAAUACUGCAGAUUCAAGAAAUGUCUGGCUGUUGGAAUGUCCAGAGAUUCUGUUAGGUAUGGUAGAGUGCCGAAACGUUCACGAGAAAGGAACGAAGAAACACGUGUGACUCAAGCUGAAGCGGACCAGUCGGCUCGUGAGAUAGAAAACAAACAGCUAGCCAUGUACGACAUAAUUUUAACAAUAUCUCAUGCCCAUCAUACCAACUGUGCCUACACAGAAGAAAAAACAAGAGGGCUCGUUCGUAAACCAGCAGUUUUUAGUCUAGAUGACUAUCAGUCCGGUACAGUUGACAGUAGUUGCAGCGGGCCAAUGACGGCAGACAGUCUAGAACAGCAGAAAAUUGUUAUGUGGCAACACUUUGCCGUUCUUCUCACUCCAUCUAUCCAGAGGGUCGUCGAGUUUGCAAAACGCGUGCCCGGAUUUCUCGACCUGACGCAGGACGAUCAACUCAUCCUAAUCAAAUUGGGGUUCUUCGAGAUCUGGUUGGUUCAUAUAUCCAGAAUGAUCAGUAGCAUCGACAAUACCGUCACGUUCAGCGACGGAAGCUUCAUAACUCGUCAACAGAUGGAACUCAUGUUUGACCAUGAUUUUGUGUCGACACUGUUCAACUUUGCCGUAACUUUUAAUAAUUUGCAACUAAAUGAUACUGAAAUUGGGCUCUUUUGUGCUGCAGUUCUACUUACCUCAGAGCGUGCCGGAAUCUACGACAACAAAGCCAUCGAUCAGCAUCAGGAAAAACUAACCGAGGCGCUCAAGUUGCAGGUGGGACGUAAUCACCCGAGCGAACCCCACAUCUUUCCGAACCUGACGGUGAAGCUCUCCGAAUUGAGAUCUCUAGGUGCAAAGCACAUGGAACACCUGCAGUGGUUCAGGGCAAACUGGACUCGCUUGAGACUGCCACCACUGUUUGCAGAAAUAUUCGAUAUUCCCAAACCCGAGGAAAACGUGCAACAACAAUGAUUUGAGGAUAAUCUUGUUCCGUUGACAGUCAGGACAAAAUACGACUGACAGUCUUCAGUUAUUAGCAUGAGAUUAUAGGAAGCCAACCGAAUAAUUCGACACAAUUCUUGUUGAAACAAACAGAUCAUACUCUUAUUGGUAAUCGUACGGCUCGUCAGUUAAGACUGUUACUUCGUGGAAGCCAGAUUGCCACAAUUGUGUUAAUUUUGACCAACCCUCAGAUUUUUCCAUUCAUUCAGUACAGAAUCUCGUAAGGGACCAGUAGUGGGUCCGCUGUAUUUAUUUGUCAUCGUCAUUACUCUAAAAGGGGGGUAUUGGUGUUGUUGGCAACUCUGCUGUGUUCCAGAAGUUUAUCUUUACUCGCUGUUGGAUGCAUUGGCGUUUGUUGCUGCACGACAUUGCAAAAUAAAAAACUUUGCCGGCGAUGCCAAUCAAGCUUUCUUUAUCUCCGGAGAGCCCGAUUGUUGUUCUUGGUUUUAGUUAUGUUACUGUUAAGCAGGAUCAGUUGACACAUCUGUACAGUGUACAGUUUUAGAAUGGUUGUUCCAGAUGUGUGAACUAUUCAAAACUAAUCAUACACAUACUCCAUAAAUACACACGUGAACACACACAUACACGUACACAAAUAAACACACAGACAUACGCCAAUAUGACUAAAUGCAUAUAUUAUAUAUAUUCGAGAAACCGUUUUAUUCAGUUUGCAAUGUUGAUGCAGUAACGAUAAUGGGAAGAAAGGAAACUAACCUAUGGACCAUUACGGAAAUAUUCAGCAUCUGUUAUGCCCUCUUGUGGUGCAACUGUUAAGAUUAUCUCUCCUCGUGAGAUAUUUGCAAGGUGCAGGAGUUACUGUUUUCCCCUAAUCUUUUAAUUUUUUAUUUCUACAAGCACUUUAUAUAGAAUAUAGAUUCCCACCCUCAGUCUCGUAUUCCGACUCGGGUAGUAAUUAAUUAGUACUUUUCCGGGAUAAGGGUAGAUACUAGAACGGAACCAUCCGUGGCUUUUGCAGAGCCCGUUGUAAUUUUUUCUUUUUACAUAGUACAACACAGUGUCUUUGUUUACACGAAUAUUUUGUCUCGUCGACUUUAAUUGUUACAUCUUAACUGUACAAGUUGUAAGAUUCCGGCGACAGUUUGUCAGGAAAGAUUACCGUGGUUUUUUCUAGUUUUCUUUGUGUGUUAUAUAAAGUGUACAAGAUCUCCUUCCCUGGGCAACAAAUCACCAGUAACUUCACUGCCACCUAUCUCAAAAUGAGUCUAGGACCUGUUUAUUGUAGACUGUUCUGUCAAAAGACAGCAGUAUGUUUGUCCAGCCGUGGAGAUGAGUUUAUCAAUAAAUGAUGUUAUUACUCUGAUGGGUUUUUUAUUUUCUCCAAUAAAAUUCAUUUUUUACA